CUCACGGUGCCAGUGUGGGGCGCAAAGAAGGAGCUAAAAGGAAAGAACAGAAAGGCGGUGACGAGCGAAUUGAUGGAAGAUGGUCUAGAGAGUCUUCCAGAACCAGAGCGAGAUGUUGAAGAUGAAGGUAUUUAUUACCACGUCUCUUGAAGGCAUUUGAUGCUUGCCUCAUCCUGGUUCAAGCGUGCUUUGACGAAAGAAAAGUGGUCUGAGUCUGGUCGCCAUGAAUCCGACGGACGGUUCCAUGUCUAUGCCGAAGAUUGGGAUGCUGAAGCGUUCCUUAUCGUCCUCAACAUCUUCCACCUGCGCAACCGCCAGGUGCCCCGAACGGUAACACUAGAGAUGCUGGCUAAGGUCGCAGUCUUGGUAGAUUAUUAUGAGUGCGGAGAAGCUAUCGAAGUCUUUACAACCAUGUGGCUGCAUGAUCUCAAACAGAUGCCUAUGCCCACAACCCUCUGUCGGGAGUUAAUUUUGUGGAUUUGGGUCGCGUGGACGUUCGAGUUGUCGGAGCAAUUCAAGCUGGCAACUAUGGUGGCAAUUAGCCAGAGUGCAGUGACGAUACAAACCCUGGGCUUACCCAUUCCCAGCAAAAUUUCAAGUGAGAUCGUUCGCAAGCGGUAUCAAGUCAUCGAAUCCGUGAUAGAACCGUUACAUGCCCUGCUCGACAAGUAUCGUAAUAGCAAAUAUGUCUGCCCGAGGAACGAUGACCUAUCAUUCCAGUGCGGAUCCUUUCUACUAGGUGCAUUGACGAGAGAACUCGAUCGUUUGGACUUGUUUUCACCGCGACCAGAAAUUCCGUUCUACAAAAUCACUUUCGAUAGCCUGUGUAAGCUGGUUCAAAACAUCAUGUCACCGGAAUGGAGACAUUCCGGCUACAGUAGUCACGGUUAUUCAUCCCAAAACAUACUACACGCAUGCAGCCUGAAGACAGAAGUCACCGGGAUCGUCAACAAAGCCACGGCCGGGUUGGAAGGCCUUGACCAUGAUGCUAUCGGGUAUAGAACCUAGCCAACGGAUGAGAAUGAACAGGACUUCAAAUUUGAGAUCCGAACUUCCUGAUCCCCGAGCUAGUAUCAUAUCCUCAGUAAAGAAAUCGAUCAUCCAUGCGAUCUCGUUGAAGUUCAUGGUGUAUACGAGAGACGCGUCCUGAAGUAUAUAUAUAAGUCGUUGGUUGGAUUCGGCAGAUGAACUUCAUCUGAAGCAGUUGGUUGAGGUGCGGCGAUACAUGCGAGCGCCAGAUCUGAAACACAAAGUUUCAGGAACACAUGUUUGCGCACGGAGUCUCGACUGAACUGUAUUGAGAGGUGCUGUGGUAUGAGGCGCUAAUCAAUUUCCUGAAAGACCAUAAUAUGGUAAGGGCAUUACCUCAG